AGUGAUGGCGUCCAGCUCCCCCAUGGUGAACGGGGACAUCUCCCGGGGUCCUAGCUCUCACCCAGGCCACAGCCCCACCACAGGCACCCUGGAGGAAACGCUGCAGCAGAUGAACCGCCUCAUCCAGGAGAACCGAGACCUGAAGGAGGCGCUGAAGCAGACUAACAUGUCGAUGAAGGAGCGUUUCGAGGGUUUGUCUGUGUGGAGGGAUAAGCAGAGGGAGGAGAAGGAGUUCCUGGAGGGGAGGCUUGAUGAGGCGCGCGGCCGUGUGGAGGCCCUCUCCUCGCACAACCAGGAGCUCAGCAUGAAGGUGGAGGAGCUGGAGGGAGAAGGGAAGGGACAGGCCGAGACAGCCAAUCAGAAUGCAGAACUGGAGGCGCUGCGUGCCCCGGUGCGUCUGCAGGCAGAGAAGAGUGACCUGGUGGCCAUGAACUCUGAACUCCAGCUCAAAGGUCAGGCAGAGGACGACUCCUUCAUAGAGAUCAGGAUUGCUAGAGAGGAUACUGGAAAGGACCUGUAUCAUAAUGAAAGGGACCCCAGGUAUGACAUGAGUGUAUCCAGGCAGGAGUCUGAGGAGCUGACUGUCAGCCAGCUGCUCCAGUCCCUGAGGAAGGAGACCCAGAGGGUGGAAUGGCUACAAAUCGAGCUCCAGGCUACCAAAUCCAGAAUCACAGAGCUGGAGGAGAAAGAAACUAACACGGAGAGCUCCACACAGACCUCACUACUGCCAGAGGUGGUUUCCCCAGCACUAGCCACCACAGCAUGUGGUACUGAGCCAGAACAGAACUCUGAGAAGGUAGAUGCACAGAUAGGCUGGGCUGCGUCAGAGGUGGAGGAUCUGAAGGCUCAGAUGAUGACCCUGUUUAAUGAGCUACAGCAGGCUCAGAGCAAACUGGGCGAGGCAGAGGGCAUGAAGAAGAACCUGCAGGACAGAUGUAGGGAUGUGGAGCGUGACGUGGUGACUCUGACAGCCCAGCUGGUAGAGAAGCAGGAGGUACAGAGUGAGAAUGACAGACUGAAGCUGCAGGUGGACAGCAUGAAGGCCCAGAGCCAGCUAGAGCAGAGGAAGGCUGGAGAGGAGAGGACUAACCUGACCCAGCUGAAGGAUGCCUACACCAAGCUAUUCGAGGACUACAAUGAGUUGAAGCAAGAGAGCAAGAACAGAGAGCCACUUGUCACUAAGGAGGUGGGAGACCUGCAGACCAGACUGGACGCAGCAGAGAAGGCCCUGGCUGCUAAGCAACAGCAGAUAGAUGUUAUGAAGCAGGAGAUAUYUCAGAAGGAGAAGGAGCUGGAGACCAUCUCUGUGUUCCAGGC